AUGGAGGAUUGUUUAGGACAAAAAUGGAAGCAGCGACAGUUCGAUUUGGCAUCAGUUUCCGACCUAUCUGUGGCUCUCCCUUCUCCGUCGCCGGGAAUCGCUCGAUUCGACACCGACGGUCUCAAAAUUUAUCAGCAAUCUCACCAGAUUCCAUUCAGUGUCGAUCCUCGAACUGUUCAGUUAUACAAGCUGAGUCCUGUUCAAUCCGUUUGCGUGGUGGAAGGAUCUGAUGUCUGUAAAAAGACAUUGUAUUCCAGGGGAGUCACUAUCCAGUUUAGAAAUGAGGAGGACAGUGCAGCCUUCCACUGUGUAGUCCAACAAUGGAAGAAGGAAGUCAAUCCUCAAGGAGAAAAUGGGCCAAAUGGAACUCUGACAACUUCUAAAAGCAAAUUUGAUGAAAAGAUUGAGUCAUCAUCUGCAAAAAUGUAUUUUCAUUAUUAUGGACAACUACUGCAUCAGCAAAAUAUGUUACAGGACUACAUCCGGACAGGGACCUAUCAUGCUGCUGUUAUUGAGAACCGAUCUGAUUUCAUUGGUCGUGUUGUAGUUGAUGUGGGUGCUGGUAGUGGUAUUUUAUCAUUAUUUGCUGCUCAGGCUGGUGCAAAACAUGUAUAUGCCGUCGAAGCAUCUGACAUGGCAGAGUAUGCACGGAAACUUGUAGCUGGAAAUCCAAUGCUGGCUCAGCGAAUUACAGUGAUCAAAGGCAAAGUUGAGGAUGUUGAAUUGCCAGAGAAAGCAGAUAUUCUGAUAUCUGAGCCCAUGGGUACCUUGUUAGUCAAUGAAAGAAUGCUGGAGUCUUAUGUCAUUGCCAGAGAUAGGUUUCUUGCUCCUACUGGGAAAAUGUUUCCAGCUCUUGGAAGGAUUCACAUGGCACCUUUCACUGAUGAAUAUUUGUUUAUGGAAAUUGCUAAUAAGGCACUGUUUUGGCAGCAACAAAACUAUUAUGGUGUUGAUUUAACACCCCUACAUGGAACUGCAUAUCAAGGAUACUUUUCUCAGCCUGUGGUGGAUGCUUUUGAUCCAAGACUGUUAAUAGCUCCUUCAAUUUUUCAUGUGAUAGACUUCACCAAAAUAAAGGAGGAAGAACUAUAUGAAAUUGAUAUUCCUCUGAGAUUUAUAGCCUCUGUGGGCACCAGAGUGCAUGGAUUAGCAUGUUGGUUUGAUGUGCUGUUCAAUGGGAGUACUGUGCAAAGGUGGCUUUCCACUGCUCCUGGGUCACCAACAACCCAUUGGUACCAGUUACGUUGUGUUCUUUCACAACCAAUAUAUGUCAUGGCUGGACAAGAAAUUACUGGCAGGCUUCACUUGAUUGCCCACAAUGCACAGAGUUAUACAAUAUAUUUAACAUUGUCAGUUAAAAUGUGGGGUCCUGGUUCUGAACAAGGAGGAAUUCUCCAAACAUCUUCAUGUAAACUUGAUCUGAAAGAACCCUAUUAUAGAAUGUCUCAACCACAGGCUUAUGCAUUAGCUCAAGAUCAACAAUGUCAACCAUUUGUACCAUCGCAGGAUUUUGAUGAACCCGAAAUAGUACAACAACAUUCGUCUAAUUCAUGUGUCCAGAUUGAUUCAGUGAUGCAGAAUAUUUAG